AUGGCGACUAACGAGAUCAAUCCCGAGAACGUCUCAGUCGCUUCAAUGACGGUCGCAAGCGGCCCACAUAUUCACACACCUCUAGAGCUAUUCCAGAUCCUCGUCGGCAUCCACACGCCACGUUCGCUGACCCAAGAUGUUUGCGACACCGAAGCAAACCGUGCAAGAAAUUCCCAUGCGCAGCCACUCUACGUCCGUUCCCACCGCGGCAAUGUCGGGUUAUAUCACAGAGCCAAAGAUGAAGAGCGACGAAGUAGAAUCGCAUAUAUCCUCACGAGCUACAUUUCGAAUUUCCUCUUCAUGCUCCAGAUCCUGCUCGCCGCGACUUUUACAGCACUUUCUGCGUACAAGGACUCGAAUGCUGUGACGCUGACGGUCCUUGGAGCGCUUAAUACGGUCGUGGCUGGUUCUCUCGCAUGGCAGAAAGGCCAAGGUGUGCCGCAGCGCUAUCGAAAAGCCAUGGACCAGUAUCAAGCCCUGUUACUCGAAAUUGAAAUGACCGAGCGAUCGUUCGUCGAUAUGGACAGCAGUAACAAUUCUGCCGGCGCACUGGAUCCGAUAGUCGAGAUGGCUCGAUUGCAGAAGCUGUUUGAUACUGCAAAGGCCGAUCAGCAGGCCAAUUACCCUGAUCUUUAUGUCAGUACUAGUGCUGCUGCUAGUCAUGAGACGAAGGAUCUUGCUCAACAGUUGGAGGAUGUCAAAGCUGCUGCUACAAAGACUCAGGCGGAUAUAGUAAAGAGGUUGGAGGGGUUGAUGGAGAGAUUGGAAGCUAAGGGUGACCCAGGAAUAAACGACCGUGAGGCAAAGGUUGAGAAAGCUGUUCAGGAGGUUUUGAAGAUUUGA